UGGAGCUGUGGCUGGGGCUGGGACUGGAGCUGCGGCUGGAGCCGGAGCCGGCAGGUCCGUGCCUCCCGCGCUGCUCUCCGUCAUCAUGAAGGUCGAGUUUGCCCCCAUCAAUAUUCCCCUAAAGAGGAGGAUCCAGACAGUCGCCGUGCUGCAGUGGAUAUUCUCCUUCCUCCUGCUGGCAGAGUUUUGCUGUGGAUUCUUCGUGAUCCUGAUCCUGGGCAACUUCUGGUUCCUUGCUGUUCUGUACCUGCUGUGGCUCUACCUGGACUGGGAAACACCAUGUGCAGGGGGCAGGCGGUCCCAGUGGGUCAGAGGCUGGGCUGUCUGGAAGUACUUCAGGGAAUACUUUCCCAUUCACCUUAUAAAAACUUCAGAACUGAACCCAAAUCACAACUACUUACUUGGCUUUCACCCUCAUGGGGUCCUGGUAGCUGGAGCCUUUGGAAACUUUUGCACCGAUCCUCCUUUCAAAAAUUUAUUUCCUGGGCUUACUCCAUAUCUUCAUAUCAUGCCCAUCUGGUUUGGCUGUCCCUUCUUCAGAGAAUACAUAAUGAGUGCUGGAAUGGUUUCUGCAUCCAAGGAAAGCGUCUCACAUGUGCUGAACAAUAAAGGAGGUGGCCAUGCAUCUGUCAUUGUGAUUGGAGGAGCCGAGGAAUCUCUGAAUGCACAUCCUGGAAGUCUGACCUUGAACAUCCUCAAGAGGAAGGGCUUUAUUAAAAUGGCCCUGAAACAUGGGGCUCAUUUGGUCCCAGUCUUUUCCUUUGGUGAAAAUGAACUAUUCAAGCAAGUUGCAAACCCCAAAGGUUCAUGGCUCAGGAAUGUACAGGAGAAGUUGCAAAAGAUAAUGGGCUUUGCUUUACCACUAUUUCAUGCUAGAGGAGUAUUCCAAUACAGUUUUGGCUUAAUACCUUACAGGCAACCUAUUCAUACAGUUGUGGGAAGCCCCAUCCCUGUAAAACAGAACUUGAACCCCACCACUGAAGACAUUGAUCAGCUACAUGCAUUGUAUCUACAGAAACUAAAGAAAUUAUUUGAAGAACACAAAAGCAAUUAUGGCAUCCCUGCACAUAAAUCUCUCAUCUUCGAGUAGCAAAUUACAAUUUGUUAUUCUGAAUCUCAUGCAAAGAAACAGUGUCUACUGAAAGAUGUCUUUCUUGCAAUCCAUAUUUUGCAAUCUGUAAUUGUCCUUAUGUAAGGAAUACUUUUAAGAAGGGAUUAUUAGAUGAUUUAUUGAUUUUUAUCUUAUUCUUGGGCGGUGGGGGGAGGAUCAUUGGGGUGUAAGCCUCGAAGCCAGUGCUGUUUUCAGUUGUCCUUUUAGGUUCAUGUGUGCCAGAAAUGCGAGUGAGAGACUCCACUCAGAUGUUCUUACCACCAUGGUACCUACCCACAGCUUGAGCACAGGAAAUUGCCACAGCAUGAGAUCAGCAUCAGAAGUAUAAACCCAAGAAGUCUUUGAUUAGAGAGUGAGAGAUUUACCAGCAUUUGUCAAACAUGACAUCAGAUUGUUCUCUGAAUGUCAGAAACCCUGCUGCUCUUCCACAGGAGUGAAGGUGUAUGUUUUCAGCAGAUGGCUACUGUAAACCACUUACAUGAGAAUUCAAGAACAAAUAGGAGCCUUCAGCCCUGAAUAGGAUAUUGGUAAAAAUGGUUUGUCCAAGUCAUGGAGCAGAGCAAAACUUCUGUUUGGAGAACAGUGUGUUGAUAUUUCUGUGUGCAUGUGUGUGCUGGGGGGUGGGAAGCACUGAAUGAUGUGACUUUUCUGGACAAUCUUUGCUUUGGAUCAUAAGUUGGAAGAUGAAGCAGCUUUGGUAGUUUCAGCCUCAGAAGAGAUGGCAGGCACAGAACAGAAGUGAGGGAAUCAUGUGAACUCUUCAUCCUGUGCAAAUUAAAAAUGAUCCUAUGUCAAGCACUUGCACAGAAGAAAAGGGAACCAAAUUUGUUCAGUCAGUUCUGAAAUUUCACUAAGGAAGGUGUUCUUGAUAAUGCCUUUUUUGCCCACUGACAGGUGUGUUAAGCUGGUGCUGCAGGGUGACACAGCUGCAGUGCCAAGGCAGUGUGAGCAUAGCUCUAGGGUGCAGCAGGUUAAGAGGAUGCAAUGUAUAUAAAAAAGGUGCCUGAAUUUGAGAAAAUGUUUAUCCUAAAUGUGGAUAUCCACUUCAGAAAAGAAAAGAAAAAAAUCUUAGCCAAACUAUUUUUCAGUGAAAAUGCCUAGGUCUUGGAGAUUAUUGUGUAUGUAUGGAAAGAAUGUAAUAUAUUACUGAAUUUUUAUGAGACCAAUUCUUCUAUUUGUACAUGCUUUCUGUCUGCCUACUUUGCAUAUUUGAUGUUAGUAAUGACUUUGCUCCACUUUAAGCAGUUUUGGUGCCUAAAUAUUAUAUCAGUACUCUGACAGGUCAUGCAUGGGCUUGCCAGGCAGCCUGGUCAUCUUCAGUUGGCUCAGUUGAGCACUGAGCUCCAGGAACAGCAGCACUGGAUGCAUUGUGUAUUCGAUGGGCUGGAGGCUCUUAGAAGAAACACAGCUGGGCUUUGACAACAAGGUAGAGCUCUGGAAAGAAAAUAUCUCAGCAAAAUGAAGGUGUUUAAGGUGGAAGUUACUUACAUGGAGUGAACUCUGAACCAGCACCCCAAAGCCAAACAAGUAUUUGCCAGACAGAGCAGAUUUGUGCUCCAAAACCCCUCCAGCAACAAACUGGUUUCCUUAAGAGGGCUCUUCCUUCUAAUGCCUAUUUGUCAUCCGGAUGUAAACAACACUGAGCUAACACUGCAUCGUGCUCUCAUUUUCUCUGCAAUGACACAAUCAUUCUGGGAACCAGGGCUGGAAUCUGCAGUGCCUGAAGAAGCCCCCUUCCCUGACAGACUGCUGCCAGUGUGCCCACAAUUCAACUCUACCUGAGCUUUCUUGGUGCCAGGUGUGCUUGCCCUCCCUUCCCACGCCUUUGCUGGUCACUGAUGAUCAUUGUGGUGUGAUCUUGCUUCUUCAAUUUCUGCCCACCUUUCCCUGGGUUGAGAUCUCUGGUGUCUGUGCAUGGAAAAUACUGAGUGGUGGCUCAUCAUUCAGCAAAAUUGGGUUUAAGAGCAGGGGUUGGAAAGAGGAAGCAGUGUGGCUGUGCAUGUUUGACACCAGCCUAAGGUCAGGACUGUUUCAGCUCUGAAAAGGGCAUGUUUCUAGGGAGGUCAGACAUGGCAGGUUUGUUACCUGGGAAGAUGUCUAAGGGUCCUGAGGAUUGUACAAAGUGAAGAUCCUUGAGCAGUUGCUUUUUCUUAACCAGCUAUGUGAAAUUUCCUUUGGAUUUGACUCUUUAUUGCCUGCCCUGAUGAGUAGUGAGGCUUAUUCAUGAAAGAAGAAUUUGGAAUCUAUGUCAGAUUGUUCUCUCCUAGAUCAUCUGCUCUAAUGAGACAUUUCCUCCCGUUCUCAGUCUGUUCUUUUUCCAUUACCUUAAUGAUACAGAAGAUCAGGCUGUAAAUUAAAAAAAAAUUAGCAUUAGGUUGAAGAUGGAAAAUAACUUUUUUUUU